AUGCGCCCCCUCACAGAAAAGGAGACUCAGACUCUCUUCGAGAAGCUCGCCAACUACACUGGCGGCUCUCUCAAGAACCUCAUUGCGCCUCUCGACGACUCUCCCAACGCUGAUCGCUAUGUCUUCCGCCUCGUUCGCGAUCGUGUCUUUUACGUCCGUCUUUCCAUCGCCAACCUAGCUACUUCCAUAGCGCGCGAGAAGCUUCUGUCUCUGGGAACCUGUCUUGGCAAGUUCACCAAGUCGGGCAAGUUCCGUCUGCACGUCACAGCCCUCCCCAUCAUCGCCGAGCACGCCCGCUACAAGAUCUGGGUCAAGGAGAACGGUACCAUGCCAUUCCUCUACGGCAGCAACGUUGUCAAGGCCCAUGUUGGCCGCUGGUCCGAGGACUGCCCUGAGCACCAGGGAGUCGUGGUAUACAGCAUGAACGACACCCCGCUCGGAUUCGGUGUUACAGCCCGCAGCACCGCUGAGGCGCGAAGACUGGACCCUACUGGUAUCACCUGCUUCAGGCAGGCUGAUUGUGGAGAGUACCUCCGUGACGAAGACAACCUGUUUGCGACCGGUUAG